CAGACCUGGACGGAUUAGGGUGUUACAGGUGCCCCGAACUUGAGGGUUCUUCUAUUGGGUGGAAAUCGAUUAAGCGGCUUGCUCCCGAACCAGCUAUGCGCACUACGAGAACUAAACAUGGUUGACCUUUCGCGCAACCGCUUCUCAGGUCAAAUACCUAAAUGCAUCAAUAAUAUCACAUUCGGGCAACCUGGGCUCUACAACACCAUAUAUGAUGACGUAUUCUCUGUAUGGGGUAGCAACGAUGCUGAAAAAGGCGUUGUAACAUACGGGAACAUCUUGUUUCAAGUGUACGACAUGACGACAACAAAACAAGUGAACCUAUUUUUGGUGGGAAUGGACUUUGUGACAAAGAAAAAAGUCAACUCUUACAAAGGCAACAUGGUCAACUACAUGUCUGGUCUCGACCUCUCUUGUAAUAGCCUCGGGGGCGAGAUCCCGAGCGAGCUGGGAGAGGUCGAAUGGAUUCAUGCAUUGAAUUUGUCACAUAACCAAAUCAUAGGCCAAAUCCCAACAUCAAUUUCAGGGUUGAGACAAUUGGAGAGUUUGGACCUUUCAUACAACAACCUAAGUGGGAGUCUUCCCUUAGGGCUAGUGGAACUCACCUUCUUGGAGUGUUUCUCUGUGGCGUAUAACAACUUAUCAGGGAGUGUCCCUAAUGUGAAGGACCAGUUUGGAACCUUCGAGAAGAACAGCUAUGAAGGGAACCCCUAUCUUUGCGGCGGACAGACCGAGAAGAAUUGCAGCAGCAUGAAAAACAUCGAUGGUGAUGACGACGACGACGACGAUGAUCGGAUGGUGGAAACAACAUCGGAGGAAUGGUACGAGGAAGUGGACAUGUCAGCUUUUUGGGCAGCUUACAUCAUCUUCUUCUUGGGAGUGUUCAUUUCCAGCUGGCGCUGUUUGGAAUUCAAUGAGAACGGGUGGACAUUAAUUUGGUCACAUAAUGACAAAUUUUUCUCGACCCGAGGCCCACAACCCGGGAUGGAAAAGAUUGAAAAAAGAAAAAGUAAAUCGUAGUGAUUCGAUUUCUUUUGCUUUAUCAAGAUUUGUAUUCCUUGUCUAUUUUGGAAUCAUCCUCUUCUAUAAAUAAAGGAGAAACCCCUUGUAACUAAACAGAACAAUUCAAUAUACAUAAUAUUUUUCCUCUUAUUAAUUUCUACAUGGUAUCAGAGCAAGAUUCCUAGGAAAACCCUAAUAUAGACAAACGACGGUCCAUCACCGCCGGAAUUUCCUUCUCGAACGUCGACAUGGCAGAAGUAGAAGAAAAUCUCGUCGGCAAGCUCUUCGAAGAGGAAGAGAAGAUCCCUACGAAGGGAAGUUCUUACGAACUCAAGAACGCAGACACACCUGGAUUAAUUAUCACCCAAGUCAAACUAAACGGUGAUAAUUAUGAAGAAUGGGCUCGUGCAAUGAGAAUUGCAUUCCGUGCAAAACGGAAAAUUGGA